AGAUUACUCACUAACUUCUUGACAACAAUAAAGUUUGUUUGCCAGUUUGAUGUGACAUCACUCAUCUGAACAAUUGAAAAUAACAUUAACAUUUUUCUCCCUCAAAAAGCAAAAAAAUGAAUUUCCACCAAGUGCGUUCUCGUCUGCGUACCUCGUACAUAACAGACCCGUACUCAUUGUUGAUUCAUUACAAACGCGCCUACAAGUUGUUGAAACUGGUGAAGGAGAAUGCGGGCCGAGUGUUGAUACUUGGAAACCGGAACCAUUUCGGCGUCAACUGGCAGCAGAGUCUAGGUUUCAGAGCGUCUGGAGAUGGCAGCAAUGCGCCACAGCAUUCGAUGCACACCAGAGUGGACGAGCAUGUCAUCAGCACCGCUUCGAAGGAUUAUUCUCUCGUUUUAUGCUUAGAUCCGAUCCUAUUUGCAAAGGCGCUGCAUCGUAUUAAUCUUCCAGUCAUGAUGAUCGCGACGCCAAAGGAACUACAUGAGCACCCAGAAAUUCUGCAGGUCACCGACUACUUGUUGCCUGCCACAACCUCGAAGCAUGACGCAGCACUGAGUGAACUCCUAAGGAGACAAAUCGUGGGAGCACCAAACACCUGAUAGAAAUACAGUCAAGGCGGCUGUUUACAAGCUGGAUCUACUUGAGAUUAGUUAAGAAUAUCGGGACCCGUACCGCCAGUUGUGAGGCACGUAAUUGUAAAUAGUAUACUACCGAUUUGAUGCGAAGGUCAAAGCCUUUCUGUAACUUUUUUUUUGCUCUUGCAGAAGUGUUCCCGACCAACAUACGAGAGAUGACGGAGGCUAGCCUGCUGCACGUAAGACAUGAUACCCGG